AUGAGCGAAGUAAAACGGCGCAAGGUCGCGCACGAUGCGCCUGCCGCCCCGAAGAAGUCCAAAAAGGACAAGGCCCCCGAUCGAGCCGCGCCCGCCGCAUCUCCCGAGUCGACUGAAGAGUCGGCGACCGUCGAUGGCGUCCCCGUCGAGGAAAAGGACGAGACGCCCAAGACGUUCAAAGAAUUGGGCAUCGUAGAUGCGCUGUGCGAGGCCUGCGAGGCCCUCAACUACAAGUUCCCGACGCCGAUCCAGGCCAAGUCGAUCCCCGUCGCCCUCGAGGGCCGCGACAUCAUCGGCCUCGCCGAGACGGGCAGCGGAAAGACGGCCGCGUUCGCCCUUCCCAUGCUGCAGGCUCUGCUCGACAAGCCGCAGCCGCUGUUUGGCCUCGUCCUGGCCCCGACCCGCGAACUGGCGGCGCAGAUCGGGCAAGCCUUUGAGGCGCUUGGCUCCAUGAUUUCGCUCCGCUGCGCCGUCAUCGUCGGCGGCCUCGACAUGGUGCCCCAGGCCAUCGCCCUCGGCAAAAAGCCGCACGUCAUCGUCGCCACCCCCGGCCGCUUGGUGGACCACCUGGAAAAGACAAAGGGCUUCUCCCUGCGCACGCUCAAGUACCUGGUCAUGGACGAGGCUGAUCGCCUCCUCGACAUGGACUUUGGCCCCAGCAUUGACAAGCUGCUCAAGUUCAUCCCGCGCGAGCGCCGCACCUUCUUGUUCUCCGCCACCAUGAGCUCCAAGGUCGAAAGCCUGCAGCGCGCCAGUCUGCGAGACCCCGUCAAGGUCAGCAUCAGCUCCAACAAGUACCAGACCGUCUCGACGCUCCUGCAGCACUACAUCUUCAUCCCCCAGGUCCGCAAGGACACGUACCUCAUCUACCUGGUCAACGAGUUCGCCGGCAAGUCGACCAUCAUCUUUUCUCGCACCGUCUUCGAGACGCAGCGCGUCGCCAUCCUGCUGCGGACGCUGGGCUUCGGCGCCAUCCCGCUGCACGGCCAGCUGUCGCAGUCGGCCCGCCUCGGCGCCCUCAACAAGUUCCGCGCCGGCACCCGCGACAUCCUCGUCGCCACCGACGUCGCCGCCCGCGGUCUCGAUAUCCCUAAGGUCGACGUGGUCCUCAACUACGAUCUGCCCGCCGACUCCAAGACGUACAUCCACCGCGUCGGCCGAACCGCUCGUGCCGGCAAGUCGGGUAUUGCCCUGAGCCUCGUCACCCAGUACGACCUCGAGCUGUACCAGCGGAUCGAGGCCGCCAUGGGCAAGAAGCUAGAGGCGUACCCGACGGAGAAGGAGGAGGUCAUGGCGUUCCAGGGCCGCGUCGAGGAGGCGCAGCGGCACGCUAGGGUCGAGAUGAAGGCCAUUACCGAGGCGCGCAACAACCGGGGCCAAGGAGGAGGGCGUGGAAAGGAGCGCGGCAAGAGGCGGAGGGACGACAUGGACAAGGAGGACGGCUAA